AUGCUCUACACCAAGCAAGGCGGCGACGUGCACCAGGAGCCUGGACGUGGAGUCGCGCAGGCCGGAGAGGAUUCCGGGACGCAAACCUCAGCCGAGAGCUUGCCUGAGCUGAAUCCCGGGCCGGGCCCACCCACCAAAGCUGCCCCGCGUUUUAGAGGAAUUACCAAGCACAAACGGACUCAGAGGUAUGAGGCGCACUUCUGGGAGCAGAAGAAGCAGGUGUACCUUGGCAGCUUCCAGCACGAGGUGCAUGCUGCAAAGUGCCACGACAUCAUGGCCCUGCGCUGCAAGGGCCUCGCGUGCGACGCCCUGAACUUCCCGGCAGAGACCUACCGCUGCAUGUUCCACCUGAUCGAGGCCAUGACCCAGGUGGGGUGGCUGGCAGAGUGCUACCACUGGCAGCAGCCUCUGCACGCCGUGUCCUAUCUCAGCGCCGACCUCCUCCCACGCACGCUGGUGCUGGAGGCCUCGGCGGAGAGCGCCCCCGCGCCCUCCCUCGGCGCCCACACCCACGCCCCCGCCACCUCCUCGCUGCUGGGCAAGCGGGGGCUUGCGGCGCUGGGCGGGUUCGAUGAGGCCUGGGACGCGCUGGAGAUGGAGGAGCUGUGGAGCGACAUGGAUGACUCCAUCCUCACCCUAGACUCCCUGGAGCAGUCCUUCAUGUACCGCGGCGGGCCCCCCAGCCUGGACCCCUUGGAGCACAUCGAUGGCACCGCCCUGUUUCUGCCCGCCGAGCUGCGGCCCCCGGGCGCUGAGGGGGCCGGUGGCCGCACGGGGGGGGUGCCGAGGCUGAUGCGUGCCGGGCCAGGCGGCCUGACGGUGUCCAUCGGGUCGGGGCAGGGCCUCAAGCGACACGACUCCUCCCUGUCGGGCCUGUCGCAGAGCGGGGAGCACUCCACGCAGAGCAUGACGCCAUCCCAGGUGUACAGAGGCGUGCCGUUGAGCGCCAGCCAUGACCCGGCUCAAACCUCGUAA